ACACCGAUGGGCUACACGGAGUCCCCCGAUUUGGCGCGAUCCCAUCAUUAGGAUGUGACCAUGGAUGCGAGGCUGGGCGUGAAUCUCCGGAGACAUUAUGUCCCAGCAACACGGCGUUGGUCAAUAGCAUACCAAGAUACUUGAACGAGAAGAUGUUCGGGCUUGCUCACGUGACUCUGGUUGGAAUAUGAUUGCGUUCUUUAGCGUUGGACCUUUAGCGAUUCGUAUGUGUCGUGGCACGGUCAAGGAUCUGCAGCUCUAUCGAAAGCUUACUGGCCUAGUAUGGAUACCAGACACUGCAGACAACAAGUAUUGUUCACUACGCUAUGGGUUCGGUGGCACAGCAUGCCCGUCGAGUCAGAACUCCUUUUGUCUCCGACGUAUUUCGGCGCAAACUUGUACCACGAGGAGCAAGGCUCACCCAUCCGCGGCUGACCGACGCAGACACUGUAGCCGCGGAAUACUAGCCGUCGUGCUUAGACCGCGACCUCUGCUCGAUCAAAUAGUAUCGAUUAACCGCCACAAACAGCUGAGUCCUGCCUCGUUGAACGUUGCUAGUCACUGCUGCAAAAAGUCAGCAUUUGCUCGUCCCUCAGUCACGGAAUCGAGACUUCAUUUACUGCUACUAAGCAUGACUGGCGUCACGUUAACAACAGGCUCUCUGAUGGCAAGCCUCAAUGUUUAGCUCCCAUCACGACUUCAAUAGCUCCG